AAAAAUCACUUCUUAAACAGCACUCUAGCAUGAAGCAGCAAAAAUGAAAACUCCGUCGAUUUUGCCAGUCAGCGAAGCCGAAGGCAAAAAAUGGCCUCAAUUUCUAGCUGCUACUUUGGCGUCUUUAGCGGUCUUUACGACUGGAUUACACACGGGCUGGCCGGCACCUUCCCUCCCUAAACUACUAUCAGACGAGUACCCGUACGACAUAUCCAACGAUGAAGCCUCCUACGUCACCAUAAUCGGCCACUUGGGAAAUUUGUGUGGUGGCUUGUUAGGUACGACCCUCCUGGACAAAAUCGGACGCAAAAAGACAAUUCUGGCGAUUGCAGUACCUCAGUUGGUUUCGUUUUUGCUGAUUAUCUUGUCGUACCAGUUGAUGGAGUUGCUUUAUAUCGCAAGGUUCGUCGGAGGGGUUGCCGAAGGCAUGACUUUCACCAUAAUUCCAAUAUAUAUAGCGGAAAUCGCAGAACCCAGUAUUCGGGGUACUUUAGGUACUCUUAUAUCAGUCACGUGCAUGUUCGGAAUCGUCUACGCGAACGUAGUUGGGUCGUACUUGAGUAUAAAAAUCACAGCCACUACGUUCCUAGUCUUUCCAGCGCUCUUCAUUUUGCUGUUUUGGAAAAUGCCCGAAAGCCCGUACUACCUCCUCAUGAUGAACAAACAAGACGAAGCCGAAGCCGCUCUGAAGUUUCUACGACGAAAAGCCAGCGUUGGACAAGAGUUAACCUUGUUGAUUAAAGACGUCAAUCGCCAGAUGUCCGAAAGCGGUACUUUCAAAGACAUCUUCACCAUAGACUCCAACAGGAAAGCCUUCCUUCUCAUGAUCGGUACUCGCGUGGUGCAACAAUGGACCGGAGUUUCGGCUUUCGGUCUCUACAUUCAGCUGCUCCUAGGUGAAGCCACAGACGCCCUUUCACCACAAAUCGGAUCCACAAUUCUCCUCUUCAUCCAACUAAUAAUGGCGGUACUUUCAACCUUCUUUGUAGACAAAUCUGGCCGAAAACCGCUGCUACUUUUCUCGACAGGGGGUUGUUGUUUGAAUUUGUUAAUCCAAGCGGUGUACUUUGGUUUGAAGGAGCACACAACCGUCGAUGUGUCGGUACUCAAUUGGUUCCCUCUGGUAAUGAUGAUUCUCUUCGUGGUACUUUUCUCAACGGGAUUAGGCGUGGUGGUGAAUAUCCUCAACAGCGAGAUCUUUUCGGCCAGUAUUAAGGCGAAGUGUGUUUGCUUGGUGAACAUCAUUUUUGCGUUGGGGAUGAUGAGUACGACCAAGUUCUACCAAGCCACCGCUGAUGCGUUUGGGUUGACGGUACCAUAUGCGAGUUUCGGGUUGAUUUCGCUGGGAGGGUGCGUGUUUUUGUACUUGUUUAUACCGGAGACGAAAGGGAAGAGUUUGGAGGAGAUACAGCAGCAGUUAAAGGGGAGGAAGAGUAGGAGUAGCAUGAUGGUGAAGGCAUAAGUGCUUUGUUAUAUUUAUGUAAAUAAAGAAUUAAUUUAUGUGAA